ACGGGACAGCGUAUCAAGGGCUGCAAGGACCACACCAAGCAGAUCAAUGACAUCCAGCCCUACAAGGAUCAGACCAUGUUCAUCACUGCAUCCAAGGACAACACAGCCAGGCUGUUUGAUAUGGACAGUCUAGAGCCAUUGAAGACGUACAAGACAGAGAGGCCAGUCAACUCUGCAGCCAUCUCUCCCCUCCAUGAUCAUGUGGUGCUUGGCGGAGGUCAAGAGGCCAUGCAGGUGACCACAACCAGCACUAGAGUGGGCAAGUUCGAUGCCAGGUUCUUUCACCUGGUCUUUGAAGAAGAGUUUGGCAGAGUGAAAGGUCAUUUUGGUCCAAUUAACAGUCUGGCAUUUCACCCAGAUGGCAAGAGCUACAGCAGUGGUGGAGAGGAUGGCUACGUUCGUGUGCAUAACUUUGACUCCAACUAUCUAGACUUCACCUGCGACUACUGA